AUGGAUGCUAUAGAAAAAAGUAAAAGGAAAGAAAAUGGAAUAGAUCAUAAUUAUAAAAAUGAAACAAAAAAAAAAAAUAGUGAAAAAGAUAGUAUGGAAAUAAAUGAGGAAAUAAAAAAUAAUGAAAUAAAUAAUUUCGCAAAAGUAGAGAAUAGUUUGGAUAUUUAUGGAAUUGGUAAUGUAAAUAAAAAUGAAAUGACCAUGUAUAAUAAUUUUGAGACAAUCGGUUCUACAUCUAUAACUAAUAAUAAUGGAAAUAAUAUAAAUAUUAAAAAAAAUAAUGAAAAUAAUGAAGGGAAGAAAAUAUUUGGUAUAGAAAAUAAAAGUAGUUAUGAAACAGAAGAUGAUAUUUUAUUAAAUGAUGAAACAAAUUUAUCUGAUGAAGAAGUGGAAGAUGAAAAUGUUAGAGAAAAAGAUUUAAUAUUACAAAGAUAUAAACAUGGAACUAGUAUAUAUGUAGAUAUAUUAUCUGUUGAAAAUGAUAAAAAUAAAAAAUCAUGUGUUGUUAUAGAUUUUUAUUCGGAAUGUUUAAAUAAAUAUAAAAGUGAAUGUAGUUUUGUAUAUUAUCAAAAUUAUAAUAGCAUUAGUAAUGUAAUAAUAAAUGAAAACAUAGAUGUAGGAAAUUUGAAUACAUCUACAAAUACAUUAACAGAAAAUCUCGGAAAUUUAAAUACAGGAAAUAAUAUAAAUUAUCCUAUUGAAGAAAAUAUUAAUAAUUUAAAUUUAGGAGAUGAACAAAAUGGAAAUAAUAAAAAUAAAAUAAUUCCUAAAAUGGUUACAAAUCAAUUAAUGAGUAAUAAUACAGGAAUAAAUUGUGUAUCUAGUACUAUUUUUCCAUAUGAUGAUUUUAAAAAUUUUGAUCUUCAAAAAAAAAAACAAGAAUCUUUAGACCCACUUUUAAAAUGUAUUAAUUCAUUAUCUGAUAGAAUCAAUUUACAACAUCUAGUUGGAGACCCAACAUCUUAUUUUAAAUUAGGAGGUGGUGAUAUGUUUUAUGAUAUCAAUGAUCCUUUUUUAGAUGAUGAAGAAAUGUAUAAAGAAUUAAAUAAAACAAAAAAUGAAAUAAUAUUAACUAGACAAAUUGAAGAUGAAUAUAGUGUAUGGAGUGCUGAUAUUUCAGAUGAUUAUGUUGAAAUAAAUCCAAAUUAUUUUUUUUCAUUUUAUAGUUCAAAAUGUAAAUAUAUAUAUGAAAGUGAUAAUGAAGAAAAUUAUAAAAUAAAUAUAGAAAAUAGUGAAAAUUCAGAUAAUGAAAAUUAUAAAAAUAUAUUAAAUUCAUCUUCUUCACAAUGUAUAAAUGAAAAUGUUGAAGAAGUAUAUGUUUUAAACAAUGAUUCAAAUAAUAAUGAAAAAAAAAAUGAAAAAAAAAAUGAUGAUUUUAUGAUAUAUUCUAGUGAAGAAGAUAUUUGUGAAUCAUCUUCUGAUGAAGAAAAUGGAAAUGAUGAAAAAGAGUCUGAUUUUUCUGAAGAAGAAAUAAUUUUUAAUCCAUUUGCUUGGAAAAAAUUUGAAAAACAUAUUCCAUUAGAAUUUAUUUCAUAUUUUGAAAAUUUAGAAAAAGAAUUAGAUGCAUUACCAAUUGAAGUAGAUGUAUCAGAUAUUCAAAAAAUUAUAAAAAUAUAUAUUCAUAAAAUAUUUGUACAUGUUAUGAAAAAACAUAAAAAAACAUUGAAUCAUUUUAAUAUGUUUUUAGAUGAUUUUAUAGAAAUAGAUGUAAAACAAUUAAGAUGGUUAACUACAAUAAUAAACAAAACUUCGAAUUCAUUAAAUGAUAUUGAUAUUUGCCGAAUUUGGUUUGAGUAUAUAUUUUCUUAUAAUACUAAAUUGUUUGUAAAUUAUGAAAAAGAAUUUAUUACAAAAAUUAAAAGUUCACAAAUUUUUGAAAAAAAUAAUAAAUUGCAUCUAAAUAAUAUAUUAAAGGAUAUAUCAAUAUGGAAAGUAUAUCAUGAUAAUAUGGAAAAAAGUAGUAAAGAAAAUUUAGAUGUAGAUUCUAUUAAUGUGAAUGGAAAAAAUGGAUCAAUACAUUUAAAAAAUGGAAAUCUUUCUACUCAUAACAUUGUUGAAAAUAAUAAAGGAGAUAAAAAAAUGUUUUAUGGAAAUAAUUUAACAAAUAAUAAUGACUUCGUUAAAAAUGGGAAUGAAGAAAAUUUUGGUAAAAACAUACCAGAAAUUGGUAAUAUAAUACGUGAAGAAUCUGACAAAAUAAAAGGAAGUGAUAAAAAUGGUGAAAGAGAACAAGAUGUAAAUAAAAUAAACAAUGUUAGUGUAAAUAAUAAUUGUAAAGAAAACUAUAAAAUAAUUGAAAAAUAUUUCAAACGAUUCGAAAGUAUAGCUAAUGAUAUAUUAAAUUAUAUAAAAAUAUUUAAUAAACAAAAAUGUUUUUUAAAAGAUAUGAUAUCAGCAGGCUUUGAUGUAUUAGUAGAAAAAAAUAAUAAAUAUUUUGGAAAAUUACCACAUAUAGCAUUAUCAGAUAUAUUAACAAGUUUAUUUAAUUUUAGAUAUAAAACAAAUGUAAUAAUAAAUUAUGACUAUAUAGAUGCACUUAUAAAUUUUUAUCAAGAUAAAUAUAAAAUUGAUAUAUCUUAUGAUAAAGGAAAAAAUAAAAAAGUGUUUCUUUUUGAUACUGUUGAAAUGAGCAAAUUAAAUCUAAUAUUUUAUAAAAAUAAAAAUAUAUACAAUGAUAAAAUGGCAUUAAAUAAUAAUAGUGAUCAUGAUAGAAAAGAAAAUUAUAAGAUUAAAGAAAAUUGUGAUCCAAAAAAUGUGAAUAAUUUUAAACAUUUUGGAACCAAUACAAAUGAAAAUUUAGAAAAAAAUAAUAAAUAUAAUUUAACUUUUAAAAAUGUACACUCAUUAAAUAAUUCUAAUAAUUUAAUAAAUAAAAGAAAAAUACAUGAAUCAAAUAAAAAUAAUAAAGAUGUAAACCCUAAUAUAAAUACAAAAAAAAAAAAUAUAGAUAAUAAUGAUAAUAGUCAAAAAAAAGGAUUAUCGUCAGCACGUAUUGUUAUAUAUUCUGAUAAUGAAAUGGAAAAUACUUCAAAUAAAUGUUUUCCAACUAAAACUAAUCAUAAAAAUAUAACUACAUUUAUAGAAAAUAUUACAAAAAAAAAAAAUAAUAAUAAUAAUUGUGAUAAUAAUCACAGGAAAAAUUGUAAAAAUAAUAAUGUAAAUAAACAAAAUGGUUCUAUUUUUAAUUUAAAAAAAGUUCGAGAUGUUACAAAUGCGUGUGCUAAAAGUAGUAGAACCAUUGUUAGUAAUAUAUCUGUUGAAAAACCAAGUAAAAAUAAUAUGAAUUAUAAUUAUAUAGAAAAUGAAUAUCCUAACAUUAUUAAAUUUUCAAAACAAAAAAAUAUUUCAAAUAAUGAAAAAGUGUUCAUUAUUAAUGAUGGAAAUAACAGUAUACUAAAUUCUAGUAACAAAUUUAAUGAUCAAAUAAAUUUAUAUAAAAAACGAAAAAUAAAAGAUGCUUAUAUAUUUAAUAAAAACAAUCAUGGUGAUAUUACUAAAUUUGAUAAAAUAUCUGAAAAAAUAAAGACAACAAAUUUGGAUGAUAAGUCAGGUAUUCGUAGAUGCAUAACUCUCGAUUCGUCGGAGGAAAAUGGAAAUUAG